AUGCCUCCGUUGAACCUCAACGCAGUCCUGAAACCACCACACGUUACAUUCGACUCGCAUGGGCCGUACCACCGCUCGUCUGUGCGCUCCGUGCUCGACUACCUCGGCGCGGGCGAGCUUGACUCCGUCCUAGACCAGAAACACCACCGCCGCCACAGCCAGGGCCGCUCGGUGUACCAGGAGGACGUCGUCUUCCCGAACUUCAGCGUCAGAGAGACAGCUGAGGCGUACUUCCUGGAAGGCGACUUCCCGGGUAUCCACAACCCCAACGACAUCAGGAUCGAGAGGCUGGGUUCCCAGGGCCUAGUGGUCGAGGCUCAGGCGCCGGAGAUCGACCUAUACCGCGAAUGGGGUGAAGUCUUGGGCAUCCGGCCAGGGAGGGACGUGCGGGUGGAAAGGGGCCCCGGCCCCGCGGCCUCGGAGGGUUCUCUCGACCACGACCACGACCACGACCAUGAUCACGACCAUGCCAAAGCUGCCGAAGGCGACAAGCCACACGGCGACAUCAGACCGAAUAGAUUGCAUCGCAGGGAAUCCUCCUCGCGCGCCGAGGAGGACGAGCCCUCGACCACGACGUUGCUCUCGGAACGGCACGCCGGCCGGUUCCUGCGGUCCUUCACCUUCCCACAUACCGUGGACCUGGACCGCAUGAAGGCGCGGCUCAAAGACGGGGUGCUGCGGAUAGCGCUGCCCAAGGCGUCAGUGCGGGAGAGGCGGUCGAGCUAUAAGAUUGAAUAUGGGGGCUGA